CGGUACCUGCUACCCCCAACUAACCACUAGCUUCUUCUAGCUAUCGAUCGUCGGCGUUUAGCUCGACGGUUUUGCAAUGACUGGAUUGUUUCUUUCGGGUGAAUACUGCAAGCCGAGGCGACCAGAAAUGGUUCUUUGGAAGCCGCCGUACAAGGUCUGAACUGGAUUGUCAGCCUUGUGUAGUGUUUUUGGUCUCCGCCCCCUCAAGUGUCCUCUGGACCUCGGCUGGCCAUGGUGGUCUGAAGAAAGGGGAGGUGCUGCGAGCGUGCGUCUUGACUCGAAGGGACCCGGAACGAAGAGAAGCACUUUCCCAAGCCCGAUUCCAAUAUGUCUCAAAACCGAGAACUUGUUGAGUUUUACGUUAGCUAUAAACUCUCCCUGAGAAACUACCCCCUCAACCUCGUUGGACUCACACAGGAAUUGAACAGGACUGACGACGGUGCGGAAGCCUCAGGCGAGGAGCAGCGCAUACAGACGCCCGCCAACGGGACUACCAAUGGCACCAGUCCCCCAGCGUCGCCGCCACGACAGACGGCGAGCCUAAACGCGGUGAAGGAGGCCCUGCGGGACUCGGCCAAUGAGUUUGAGGUGCGCUACUCCCACGCCUUCAGCGACCUGGACCAACAGCUACACAUCACGCCGGCCACGGCCUACCAAAGCUUUGAGAACGUUGUGAAUGAGGUAUUCCGGGACGACAUCAACUGGGGCCGCAUCGUGGGGCUCUUUGCGUUUGGCGGCGCGCUGUGCGUCGAGUGCAUGGAGAAGGAGAUGAGCCCUCUGGUGGGCAGGAUCAUCGAGUGGAUGACGGUAUACCUGGAUAACCACCUUCAGCCCUGGAUAGAGAGCCAAGGAGGCUGGGAGCGUUUUGCUGAAAUUUUUGGCCACGACGCGGCAGCGGAGAUACGCCGCUCCCAGGAGAGCUUCAAGAAGUGGCUGCUGGCUGGGAUGACCUUGGUGACCGGUGUGGUGGUGGGCUCGCUCCUCGCCCAGAAGCGCCUGUGAUGCCCUCAUCUUACACACUUAGACGCAUACACAUAUAUACACGACACAAGUUGAUGGUUCUGUUUGCCAUCCCCUAUUGGACUGAGAAUUGACCUUGUUGUUUUUGGACUGCUGUGAGAAGCAAGUGGAAGG